AUGAUCCGGAUCUUGCUUUUAUACUUUGUGGUGAUUGUCCAAAUACGCAGCGUGAUGCCCGCGCUUCACUCGCUGAAGUUUCAUGUUAUAGCAUCUACGCAAAUUAAUAAUCUACCAGACUUUGUUUAUGACAUUUAUGUCGACGAGGUUUUAAUUGUCCACUACGACAGCAGCAACAGGUCAGUGGAAUACCGGUAUGAUUUUAUUAAAAAAGCUACAGCAGACAAUCCAAACUUCUGGCAGCGUCAGAGACGGACUAUUUUGACUCAAGAGAGCUUUGCCAAAGAGGCCAUGGAGCAAUUCAGAAUCGGCUACAACAAAACCAAGGGCGUUCAUUUUGGUCAGGCGACAUUUGGCUGUGAAUGGAAUGUUGAGAAUGAGGAGACCUACGGUUGGGAACGGUACAGUUACGAUGGAGAAGAUUACGCCUCAUUGGACAUGGAGACAGAGAAGUGGACCAUACCGCACCCACGGGCUUUCUUCACUAAUCUCAAAUGGUUACAUGAUGAGGGGCUAAAAAAAUACAGGAAGCGAUUCUACGCUGAAGAUUGUCCCAAGUUGUUGAAGAAUAUCCUGAAAUACGGAGGGGAAAUUUUUACAACAACCGAACUUCCAAAGGUUUCACUCCUCCAGAAGACGCCGUCUUCUCCGGUCACGUGCCACGCGACAGGUUUCUAUCCCAACACGGCAGAUCUCUUCUGGAGGAAAGACGGCGAACAGCUUCACAUGGACGUGGACUAUGGCCAAAUUCUUCCGAACCACGACGGAACCUUCCAGAUGACCGCGAAUCUUAAAGCGAAAUUGACGGCCGAGGUGGAAGGCCUCUAUGAAUGUGUCUUUCAGCUCUCUGGUGUCAAGGAUGACAUUGUCGUCAAGCUGGAUGAAAGAAACAUCCUGAGCAAUCUACCUAUUGAAAUUCGUGAAGGAGAAAAGCAGAAGAACAACAUCAUUGGUAUAGCUGUCCCGUUGGCGGUCCUCGUGCUUGUGGGCAUCAUCGUGGCCAUAGUCAUUUUUUUCAAGUGUCGUAACCGCACUCCAGGCGAUUACGCGCCACCUCCUGAUGAAAUGUCAAACUCGGAAACAGCGAAAGACAACGGCCGGAAUGGGAUCUGA